CCGCUGUGGUCAUACUGAACCGAAGCAAAACUAAGUAACCAGUUUCUGUGGGAGUCUUUUCGAGGACUCUUUCCAUUCUCUACCUGUCUAAUAGGUGAAGUGGGUCAGUUGAGGUCUGAGCGCGGCUCAUCAACGGUCACCCAUGGGUGAGUGUCUGAGGAAGGUUUGUCCGUGUCUGGAAUCACUGUGGCAGAGGAUUUUCCAAGAGAAAAAGACUGCUCCGAGAGAUGACGGAGACAGCGGUGGUGUUAGGGAGGAGAGACCACCGAGAUCGAGUCCGCCCCCGCCCAGCCAGCAGAGUCCGACGGAGACCGCGGUGUACACGGCGCUGUGGCCGUUUGAGUCCCGGCAUCCGGACGAGCUGUCCUUCCAGGAGGGGGAUCUGUUCAGUGUAGUAAGCAGCAACGGAGACUGGUGGACCGCGAGGAAGAUUGAUAGGAAUGGUUGCGUGCUGGACACCGGGAUCGUACCUCACAACUACCUGCUCAGGACCGAGCGUCUGCAAACACAGCCGUGGUUUUAUGGGAAAAUGAGUCGCAGCGAGGCCCAAAGCCACAUGAUAGGACCACAAAAUGAGGUGGGAGCGUUCCUCAUCCGAAACAGUGAGAAAGACCGCGUUGGAUACGUACUUUCAGUGAAGUCGAGCGAUCGGGUGAAGCAUUUUAAGAUCCACCAAAAGGCUGAGAAAACUUUCUAUGUGGAACACGACCAGCUCUUCAGCUCCCUGGUCGAGCUGGUGGAAUACUACCGCAUCAACAGCCUCAGCACCACAGGCCCGCUGAGGAACCCCUGCAAAAGGAAAAAGCCCAACAUCCAAGAUCUGAGUCAUUUUACAGUGGGUGAAUUUGAGCUCCCGAAGGCGGAGUUCACCCUGGGGGAUGAGCUGGGCAGUGGCCAAUUCGCUAACGUCUACCGAGGCUGUUGGAGGAACCAAAUUAAUGUCGCUAUCAAGAUCCUGAAAAGUGACUCGGAGAUGAACCAACGUGAGUUUUACAGGGAAGUCCAGAUCCUGAAGGGUCUACGCCAUCGUCACCUCAUCACUCUUUUUGCUGUGUGCACGGCAUCGAACCCGUAUUACAUCAUCACAGAGCUGAUGGCUAAAGGCAGCCUGCUUCAAUUCCUCAGAGGGCCAGAAGGAAAGCAUCAAGACCUCGCAUCCCUCAUUGACAUGAGUGCCCAGGUGGCUGAUGGGAUGUCAUACCUGGAGGAGCGGAACAGCAUCCACAGAGACCUGGCAGCUCGAAACGUUCUGGUGGGAGAAGAUUACAUCUGUAAGGUGGCUGACUUUGGUCUGGCCAGAAUCAUCAAGGAGCCAUUCUACAUCACAGAAAAUAAAAUGAUUCCCUUCAAAUGGUGUUCUCCUGAGGCCAUCAGCCAUGGAAAGUUCUCCAUCAAGUCAGAUGUCUGGUCUUUUGGUGUCUUGCUCUAUGAGAUCAUGUCCUAUGGAGGUAUUCCUUAUCCAGCUUAUAGUAACCAAGACGUGUACGAGCAAGUUCUUAACGGAUACAGGAUGCCAGCACCCUUUAAAUGCCCCAGAUUUAUUCAUCAAAUCAUGCUGAAUUGUUGGAGCAUCGAACCAGAUAACAGACCGGACUUCAGAUCCCUCAGGGCCCAGUUGGAGAACAGCCCAUAUGAGUUGGAGUGAAAGCCCAUGGACUUCCUGCAGUAUGUGCUUGUUGCCACAAGGGGGCGAUAGAGAGCAAAAUAAAGACCUGGAACUGAGAACUUUUCACUACUGUUUUCCCUAAAACAAUGACAGUUACGCACUUUUGUUAGGUAACCUGAUAAAGUAAACAACCUUGAUUUCCUAAACACAUUCCUGAUGGUUUACACUCUGCAGAAACUAACUUUGUGCAUAAAUAAUGUGACCAUUAGUUUAUAGUCAGAAACUGUUAACUUGGUAAACUCAAUUCUUUUUUUUUUCUUUUUUUACAAAUCCUCUUAUUGUUUAAUAUGAAAAGGCAUAUUGCUGUAAAACUUUUUAAAAUGCCAAAUUAAAUAUAUUUUUAUUAAACAUACUUUACAAAAACAGAGUUUCUGCUAUAAAUACUUUUCAAAACUUUUAAAAGGUGUAUUUGCUUAAAAGAGUAACGCUUGCAUACUAUUUUUAUUAUUGUAAUUAUUGUUUUUAUUUGAUCAAAGAUAAAAUAUAAUCAGCCUCUGUCUGAUGAUAAAAGUAUGUGAUGUGAUGACAAAAAGCAGCUAAAAGAACGCAGAUGAAAUAGUUUCUAAUCAAUUCAACCGCCAUCUAUUCAAACACCCUGCAGUGCUUAUGUUUAACCAGAAGGGGGCAGCACAGGUCUACUAUCUGAACCUCUUAGCAGAGAAUAAAGAAUUUAUUUGAAUGACUGAAGAAUGAAUCACUUUUCAGCUGUUUUCUUUUACUACAACAUCUCAGAAAACGGCCUGAUUAACUUUUCUUUUUACAUUUCCAGUUUUUCCUGUAUGUUCCAGUUCAUUGUCUCACAUGAGGUUGUCAUCCUCUGGAACAAAACAUUAACUCUGUACUUAUUUACUGUAUUUUGUACCUUCUUUCUUUAUCUGUAUGGUGAUUUUGAGUGUCGAAAAAGGCGUCUAUAAAUAAAACUUAUUAUA